AAAUGUGAAAAAAUCGAAAAAUCCAGAAAAAGCGAGAAAUACAAAAUUCGAAAAAUUUUAGAAAAAACUGCAAAAAUUGACAUAAAAAUUUCACUAAGUCAUUUGGAAAAUCAUAGGGUUUUCCAAGACAUGAGGCCAAAAGUAAAUUCUUGAGGUCGAAAUCUACAAGAAAAUCGUUCUGCGUCUGUAACUCAACAACUACACUAUGAUUUUCUUAUAUUACAGUAACAAAUAUAGUGAUAAUAAAAUUGUUUUAUACAACUACGACAUGACGUCAACAUAAACUGUUAGGUAUAUAACAUGGUUUCACACCGGGUGUGAAAGCGACCUCUUCUCAGACUUAUCUUAAUUAAGAUUAAAAAUAACUUUUCUCAUUUUUACGCACCAGCAUCUAAUUAAAACUAGCAGUUAUGUAAACACCAGUUUUUUGAAAAAUUCCUAAUGCUCGCCGGAUUACCUUGCUUCAAGCAAGUUUGAAACUGUUGAUCCAUUCCUUUUUUGAUGUCUUAAUAUAUAUUUAAACCACCAAAGUUCAAAAUUUAAUUGACUCCAAGACGGAAGAUGAACAGUUUCGUGCUUUGUUUAUUGACCGUAGUGGCUUUUGGCAGCUGCCUCAAACUUCCUUCCAGUUUCAAAAAAUGCGACCGAAAGAGAACCGACUUUAACCAGUGCUUGAGUGAAGCUAUUCAUGGUGCUCUAAAAAUCUUAGACAAACCUUUGUCGUCUCAUGAUCUACCAAGUUUGUACGACGUCGAAUUUCCAGACCUUGUUCUUGAGUUCGGAAACCGCACCUAUGGGCUGCUACAGAAAUAUGAUCAAAUUAGGUUUAUUGGUCUGUCGAAACCGGAGAAUAUAAACGCAAAAUUAGAUUUUGGUCCUUUGACUAGUACUUUGACAAUAGAGGCUACUUACUCACAACUUACGCUAGAAGCUGAACUUGAGGCUCAAGGUACUAUUGUUCUUCUACCCGUAAAUGUCAUAACAUCUGUCGAGGACAUUUUAGUUGAUCCAACGCUUACGUUGAGUUUUGAACUGGCAGAGUACGACAAAGGUACUACUUUUUUUAGUGUGGUCGAUUCGAAAGUAGAUAUACAAAUGCAGGGUAUUAAAUUUGACUACAAACAACUAUUUUCCAACGAAAUUCUGAACGAAGAAUUCAAUUGUGCUAUGAGUACAAAAUGGCAGUCAGUUUUUGUACUUUUUAAGAAUUUUGAAGCGAUUUUUGCCCCACGGUUUGCGACAAUCUUUAACGCUUUUCUGAAAAAAGUUCCCGUUGCUGAACUUUUCGAUAAUUAGGGGUUUAUGUGUUU